AGUACUCAGUAGUCACCACUCACCACAGUCUAGUCGGCACUCGGCAGUCGCUUUAGUCUGAUUGAUCAUCUUAUAAAAAAUCUAGUCAGUACUCGUUAACAAAUGUCUACCCAGUGUCAGUGGUAAUUAAGUAUAAUAUUUAAUUGAAACAAUAAACUUAAUUACAAAACUUUGCUUCUUUCGAACAGUGGAAGGUAAUUAGAAAUAACUUAAGGUUUCUAAAUGAUUCAUUUGGAUUGAUUCCAAAUUUAUUAUAUUUAAAAAGAGCAAGGGAAGAAAUAUUCAAAGUUUUCGGCAUGAUUUUGAUUAGAAAUGUCAGAGAUAAAGUAUAAAAAUCAAAUUUUAGCUGCAAUUGAUCAUCUACGUGCCCGAAAAUCCAGACCAGAUAUAGGAAGAAUUUGUAAAUUUAUGCUCAAAUGUUACAAAGUAGCACCAAAAGAUACGAAAGCUGAUUUGAAACGUUGUAUAAAGGAAAAAAGUAUUUAUAAAGUAGAUUACAAGGAUAAUGUAAGUUAUAGAAACGCAGCUAAGUGGAGAAAAAAGUCUACACAAAAUAAUACAAUGAGUCUAACAGUCGCAACAAGUGAGCGACGGAUCAUUACAUCUGCAAUUGCUACUUUAAUUUAUCAAGACCAAAGUUACUUAGAAAAUGGCAUUGCAUUUGAUGAACUUGUAAAAGUAGCAGCAUUGCAGGAUCCCAAAUACACCAAGAAACAACUUGAAGCUAUAAUUAACAAAGAGUUGUCUUCUGGUAGUCUCGUAAAACUAUCAAAUGGAGCUUUAGCUUUGGGGCCAGCUGAUCAUGAUGGCGACAGCUCUGAUAGUUUCAAAUUUGAUUACAAUGAUUCUAACACCAAGAUGACAUCUUCUGCGAAUUCUUCAUGCAGAUCAUCUCCACAGCGCACUAGAGGACGUCCAAGAAAAAGACCUGGUCAAGUUACCAGCAGCCAAAAUUCUAAUCAUAACCAGAACUCUGUUGUUAGAGUAGGAGAAAGGAGAAAAAUGGCAAAAAAAGUGUUUGAUCCAUCUGAUAACAAUGUUCCAAGUAAAAGAAAAAGAGGAAGACCUGUGGGUUCAUUAAAUAAAAGCACUAUAAAAAAAAGAAUGAUGAUUGCUGGUAAAGUAGAUAAAGAAGGUACACCAUUGUCGGAAAGCCAGCCGUCAAUAGAUGGUAGUGGAGAUGAAAGAGACAGAGAUGAAACACAUCUUACUGAAACCGACACUUCUGGAGGUGUUUGUUCAGUCUGCUUAGUGGAAAAGUCUCAGGGAAACAGUGAUCUUUUAGUGGAGUGCAGAGAUUGUAAUAAUAAAGCCCACUUAAGUUGCCUUCAAUCUGGCUCAGGGAUUUUAAAACCACGUCCAGACAACACUUGGCAAUGUCCACAUUGUAAAACAUGUGCCGUCUGUUGUGAAACCAAUGAUGCUGGUAUAUUAACUGUGUGCAGUAUAUGUUCUGAUGCAUACCAUGCUCUAUGCCAUUCACCACGAAUACCAGAGAGACUAAAAGCCUGGGACCAAUGGGAAUGUACUAAUUGCUUAGAAUCCAGACCAUCAAUUGAUAAAACUGCGCAAAUUAUUCAAAAUAAUAUUGAAUUUGGUACAAAAAACUCAUCAGCAAUUGAUCCAUUUUUAAAGCCUCAUGAAAUAGAUAGAGCUGCAGCUAAGAUUGCAGAUAAAGUUCCUAUAGACCCCAGUAUACCAGACAUAACUAAUUGGAAUGUUGAUGAUGUGUAUGAUUAUUUUAUGGAGCAUUUGUCAGAGGCUGCACCGAUAUUACGAGAUCAGGAGUUUGAUGGACAAGCAAUAAGUAUGGCUCGGAGAGCAGACAUUGUGAGAGGACUAGGACUUCCUCUUGGACCAGCGCUGGCAUUAUAUCGAAUUAUUGUUAAGUUACAAACUAGAAAGGAUGAUUGGAGGAUGUGUUGGGGAUAAACAAUUUGAACCUUAAUAUAAGAGUGAUAUAAUAUUAAGCACAAAAGGCAAACUCAUAGCUUCUAUACUUCAGUGUUUUACAUGGUAAGUUUAGUAGUGCGCAAGGUCUGUGCCCUUUAUCUCCAACAACAACAAAAUAGCAUCAUAUUGUCAGAAUAAUGAAAGGAUUUUUUCACUUUUUGUUUUAUUU